UGUAUACGUUGGUUGAAAGUAGGCACUGCUUAUGAAACGAAAGUUUAAUAUUCUUUAAAAUUACAUCGGUAAAACGUUAAAAGAAUGGAUUUGUGAAGAAAUAAUUCAAAUUUUGGUGGUGCUUCAACGUGUUUGAAAUGGCACAUUCAUAUCCAUAUGAUCAAAUAGACGAAAGAAACAAACAAAAUAAUUAUCUGGAACCAGGUUAUGAUGAAAGGUGCACAAGAGCAGGACAAUACAAGGCCAUAGGGCUUCAAACACAUUGGUGCUAUUCUGGUAGUGAAAACAACAGCAACAACACAUACCCUGACGAUUCAGCUUAUAACACUGGUGUGUCUUCUUACAAUUCUGUAGAGUCUUCUUACUCUAGACAGAAUAAAUCUUCAAACUUGACGCCUGGUAUCCAGUGGCAGCAUUCAUACCACAACCAAGCUAAGCCUCCACAGAAGUAUUCCCAAUCUGUGGGUUGUUUUUCACCAGACUUGGACCAUUUACAGUACGCUGAUGAUAUAGAUGACUCUGACAGUGAUACAGCUACUGAAACUGACACUGAACUAAGCAACCAUUUUUCCCAUUGCUAUAUAAACAAUUGUGACAUGAGUUACUUGCCUAGUUAUAUAAAACCAGUUGCAAGUUCACCCACUCCAACAACCACUUCAACUACAACUAGUGUAUCUGUAAUCAAGUGUAGGUCAGUGACAAGUAACUCUCCAACUUUCGUGACCACAACAUCACCCAGUCAUUCAAACAGAGAACAGUAUGCAUCUUCGAAUUAUUCUCCACUAAGUCCAGUUGCGAAUAAUUACAGAAAAAGUGAUAAAACAGGAUCCUAUGUAGGGUACAGGGAGACUUAUGUUCGAAAGCAACAAAACAAAUUAUGCGGACGCCGGUCAUUAGAUGAUAGAUUAAAGAGUUUGGAAUCUGGUGCUGCAGUUAAACUAGAAGUUCGUCGUGGUUCUCAACAAAGAAGGAAGAUAACCAACUUUAAUCCAAACAAUGAAAAAAAUAAAGAGCCGUCUCCCUUAAUAUGUAAUAUCAAAUCAAAUGUUCCUGAACAACCUGUGGCAUAUUAUGAGGAACAACAAGAACCAAAGCUAUCACCCGCCCCUCCACCCGAUAUAAUUGAAUCUCACCAACCUAAACAUGGAACACAUCAGCUAAGUGAUGAGGAAAAUGAUGGCGCAAGAUACAAAGGAGAUAUCCGUCUUAAGUACGUUGAUUCAAACCCAAAGUCCUACCAAAUUCCUGAAACAACUAGCAAACUGAAUUCCCCUGUUACCACACCAAGGAGUAGUACGUCCCUGGAACCGGUUGAAACGAGUUCACCAAAAGUGGAAUUAACUGGUUCAGAUUGGAAAUCAGACAGACAGAGGAAAAAACAAGCACGUGCGGAAAGGCAAACUGCAAAACAAAGAGAAAGGGAGUCACGGUCAGCUGUUGACGUUGAUGAAAAAAAUAAAACUGCGGUGGUUACACCUUCCCAGUUAAAAGAGGAAAGAUGUGUACAAGGAAACAAGAAAAUUGAGUGGAAAGAACUAACAUCUGAUGCAUAUACCUCUUUGCAGAACGCAGCCCCCGUUAAGAGCAACAUAAACCAGACGUCCGAUUUAAAUGAAACAAUCACCACUUCCAGUCCCACCGUUGAAGUUGUUUCAAGGCGUGGUAAACCAAUCAACAGAGCUGGUGCUCCUCCCUCUCUUACGUUCUCAACAAAUGAAACAUCUUCUGUCCCUGUUGAACUGAGGUCACCUCGUGCUGAAAAUGGCGGAAUAUCUCGUACGAAUAUGAGGGAAAGAAGGAACGCCCGGAUGUUCAUUCUUCCUUCAUCUGAUGAUAGUGAACCUGAUAAUGUAUUGGGAAGGUUUAAUCGACCUCUGCAGAACAGAUCACUAGAAGUAGUAGCACCAGUGAAGUUCGUGCCUUCAAUGUUAAGAAAACAAACAACUUCAAACAAAUCGAAAACAAUCGACAAUAUAACGUCUUCUUCUGCAUCUGGAAAUGAAUCGCGAUCAAUUUCUCGAGAAUCCAAAACUCAUCAGCAAGGAAAACAAGAUCAACAGAGCUAUAAAACACCUCGUUCAACAAAACGACCGAAGCGUUCUUCGUCAAGAUCAAAGUCUCACGGAAGAUCAAACAUCACAUCCACCAGUGAGGAUAGUUCUGCUGCUUUAUAUAAUGAUAAAAGAACGGCAAGAAGCAAUUCACCAGCUCAUCAUAAAAAGGAGAAACAUGAACGACGGAGUUCAGAUGCAAAAUCAGAACCAUCACCGCGACAACCUCGUCAUAAGCGUUUCACUGAAUAUGCUGAACUAUCCAAUGUUAAAAGAACACCUAAAACAAAGAGAAAUAUGGAAGCAAUGAAUUUACCGUCACCAAGACAGCAAGCGGUGGCUCGUGCUGUUAAGUUUGGAUAUCCAACUGAUGAAGCUAGUAUCCCAUAUAUAGAUGAGAAGACUAGCCCUACAGAACAGCAGGAGCAGGAUAGUAAAAUGCAUUCCCACCAAGAGAAUGCGGACCCUGAAACUUGUAAGAGGAUGCUCCCUUUAUCCAGUGGUAGUAGAAGGGGAAGAUCAGGCUAUAAAAAGGUUCAAUCUGCUCACCGGAUCAGUUAUAUUGAAGCAAUGGAAUCAAGUGAUGAUGUGACUCCCGAUCGUGACACAGAUGGUUCAAUGUGUAAUGUCAGUGAUGUAACAUUGGAUACAGAUAACAACAUAGCAAACAGAGGUAAAAUUGGUCGCAGCACGUCAGCCGACAGUAUUUUAUCAACUGUGGAAAACACAGUGAAUGUUGUGUUACGGGAACAGAAACGGUCAAGCAGUGCAGAUCGUAAUUCACUGAAAGGAGUUCAUCGUCGUUCGUACCAAAUUGCAACUACGGCAAAUAUACCUCCAAUUGAUAAUUUACUCAGAACACCUUCCCACAAGCGACAACCAAGUAUCAGAAAAUUAAAAAAUUUCUUUGGUGAAGCAGACAAGAAGACACCACAAAUUGUGGAGGCUCAAGCAGAUGAAGGGAGGCGAGGCUCCCGUGCUCGAUCUUUUCUUCUUCCUCCAUGUCUUGACAUCACAGAGGACGAUGGAAAUAUAUUGAGGGAAGGAUUCCUUUGUUUUAAGGUUGCAACAAUUGAGAAAGGUAGAAGGACAAGCUCACAAAAGUCAUGGAAAUCAGUGUGGGCGAUUUUAAAGGAUCAGUCGUUGUAUUUAUGCAAGGAUUGGAGCAGAACGAAACAGGAUCCAUCCGUUGUUGGGGGGUCAGGUUACCCAAGUCCUGGUGGAAACCAACCUCCUACUCACUUCCAACUAGAAGAGGAAGAACCUCUCAACAUUCAAGGAUCACUCGUGUCCAUCGCUUAUAACUACGUGAAAAGGAAAAAUGUUUUUAAAGUCACAACUGGCAGUGGGUCGGAAUAUCUUCUGCAGGCAGAAGAUAGAGAUGACAUGCUUGCUUGGAUUAACUCCAUUCACCUCAGUGGUAACCAUGACAAUGAUGAUGGUGAGGUCACAAUCAAUGAAGAUUUAAUUUUAAGGAAAACAAAUCAAAUUGAAUCAGGUCCUAAGCCCGAAAAGCGAGCCACUAGAAAAAGUCGAUCACCAAAACCAGCGCGUAGAAUGACUGUCCCUACUAAAGAUAUGGAUGGUUCACGAAGAUUUAAAUGGAGGGGAAGUGUGAAUAGGAUUGUCCGUAAAUUUGGUCAGGGACAAACCAUACAUGGUGGUACAUUCGAAGUUCAUCUGGAAGAUUGUCCACCUUCCCCAAAUAAUGAGUUUGUUCCAUUUGUGGUUGACCUCUGCUGCCGUAUAGUGGAGGAACGUGGUUUAACGUUUACCGGGAUUUAUCGAGUUCCCGGAAACAGUGGAACACUUGCUGCUCUUCAGGAUGAACUCAACCUCAGAGGACCCGAUGCUCUCGAUUUGGAGAAUGACGAAAGAUUUUGCGAAUUAAACGUCGUCUCUUCUCUCCUGAAAUCAUUUUUCCGAAAACUUCCAGACCCACUGUUUACAAAUGAAUUAUAUGAUGAUUUUAUUACAAUGAACCGAAAGAAAGAUCCCGAAGAAAGAUUAAACGGGUUGCGACACCUUGUUCAUAUGCUACCUGCACCACAUUAUCAAACACUCAAGUUCCUAAUCAGCCAUUUACGAAGAGUUGCCGAUAACUGUGAUGUCAACAAGAUGGAAGUUCGUAAUCUUGCGAUUGUGUUCGGCCCAACACUUGUUCGAAGUACAAUUUCUGAUAACAUGGCAACCAUGGUUACGGACAUGUCAGAUCAAUGCAGGAUUGUUGAGAGCGUCUUACAACAUGCUGCUUGGAUGUUUACUGAGAAUGAAGCUGGCGAAAUAGAAGUCACAGCACCCGAGGAAAAAGAACAUGAACCUGUACCUAAUAUUAACCACUUGCUUGCUAAUGUUGGACGUACACCGGGAGAUGCAGGAGAUAGCGCAAGUGAUUCUUCAAAAUCAAAGAACUCGUUGGCAUCCGAGAAGGAAUCAUUCUCCCGUGAUGUGAUGGAUAUGAUAUUUGGUCCCGGGAAAAAAUGGAGAAACCAACAGAUUAACGCAAAAAGAGUUUCGAGCGAGAGUGACGACGAAUUUGGAUUCAAAGAAGCGCAGAGAAAACUCGCUCGUGCUUCGGAAUUGUCAAAAAGCGAGAGUGAUUCAACGUCCCAUGCUUCCACUCCACAGUUAUCUGCUGCCAGUUCUAAAUACCAAGUAUCCACACCUGCGGCUGCACAUUUACAUCCUGACUGGACGAGCACAGAGAAACACUUUCCGCCUGAUAUUCCAUCGCGGUUGCAUGAUUUUUACGUGGAGCAUCUUGAGAGGUUGGCACGCACGGAUGUGACAAGACAUCUUCCUAAUUUCUCAUCCUCUUCUACUGAUACAUCACCUCAAGUUACUCCCAGGAGUUCGCUCUUCGAUCUUCCCAAGCCUGUGUCGAAAACGCCAUCUAUACGUCCUAUACCUUCUAUGAAUCAACCUACCAGGUUAGACCAACCGUACAUGGACUCUAAGCAUUCCAUAGCCACGUCAUGUCCUGCACACUUGCAUCACAUGCCUAGGUUAUAUGGAGACGUACAAACCGAGAAAAUCACUAGAGAUCAUUUUAAGCCGACUCCAUCUACAAGUACACCAGUACGGCAAAUAGGGGGAGAGAAAACACAAAGCAAUUCCCACAUUGAAUCUGAAGUGAGUUCGAUCACAAAAUGCGAGGAUUCCGACUCAGAUACGUCUGUAUAUGUUGGCGAAACACUCGAGGAAAAACUACGAAAUUUAACCAACUUGAAUAAAAAGUUGGAGCGUCGUCCGUCGAAACGAUACGCACGGACGUCCUUGGAGCCGGAAAAAAUCUUCGAUAUGCAGCCGAAGUUGGUACCGACGUCAAAGCAAGUUUCAAAGCGGUUAACUGGCCCGUCUCUAAAGGCUGGUGAACUCAUAACACCAAGUAAUGUUCACAUUCAUGCACCGAAGAAAUCAACACGGGAAUUAUACCAAGAACGCAAGACACAACGCCAGUAUAACAGGGAUAUGAUACGCGCUAACCGUGGGAAAAAUGCAAAGUCGAGAUACGAUGAAUACAACAAUACUAACUUAAUACGGUGCGUGUCCGACGAAAAUGUGUUCAGUCGUUUUGACCCAAAAAGGCAAGUCGUAAGGCCAGCAAAUAUGGAAACUACAGUAUCAAGUAAAAGUAGCAGGCCAAGACGGUCCAGUGAACAAAUAAGACGGCGACAUACGCUUGGUGCUAGUGACUUUCCUGACCAGGAUUUUUGGAGAAAACAGAAAGAGGCGCAUUCAUCAUUGCAGAAUGUGAGUAGGGACGGUAUGGGUUCGGCAACUUCAAGGUUAAACCCGAAACCAACGGGCAAGCCGUUACAAAUGAAGUCUACACGCCCCGCUGUAAUGUCAGUCACUUGGAAGCCACGCUCUACUCCCACCACGCGGAGAAACGAGUCUUAUCUCUGACAUCUAGAUUUUAAAAUUUCCUUUUCUUGAGCGCCAUCAAUUAUAGAAGCGAUCGUUAUUUUUCUUGUUUUUUUCGCUUCGUUCGUUAUUUGCAGUCUAUUUCCUCGACUUGCCACAGCCUACAUUGCUGUAAAUACAUCCGUUUUUUCUUAUUUUAGCUAAUGCGACAUGUUCAUGUUAACAGCUUCGUUUCGCCGCAUAUAGUUUUGUUCUUUUAUACGAAUAAAGGUUCUUUAUAUCUAUUUUGUAAUGCAUCAAGCAAAAACGGCCGCAUUUUUUUUAAUAAAUUAAGAAAAUAUUAUCUCGUUUAUUUUUCCACAAAACCCGCCCACACAAUUCUUUACAAAGACAUUUGAUGUUUAUGAAAAGUACAGUCACUGCCCUUCAGUGUUUUCCACUGAAUGUCAAAUUGAUCCUUUUUGUCGAUUGCGAUAAUAAAUUAAUCUGCAGUUAUUUUUUAUCGAAAUUGGCCUGUUACUUUGGCGCAUUAUCCUAAUGGAAAACGUUGCCUUAGGAGAUAUUUUGCCAAAAUGAACAACGCGAGUGUAGCCUAUUAAUUAUUUAUAUUUGCGAAACAAAUUUCUUUUUUUGAAAGCUCUAACACAAUGUAUCUUUUUAGUCUAAGUUCUAAAUUAUUAAGUAACGGUUCAGCAGCGUUUGAAAUAAAGUUACCGAUUUCCAA